AUGGCUCCAUCCCGAUGGGACUGCGGUGGCUUGGGGAUGUUCCUUCCGAUGGGAUGCCUGCUUCUAUCUGCCCUACUCUUCCAGUUCGCCCUGGCCAAGGUGUGCAACGACCGCACCAAACACGGGCAGGACAACAACUGGUUUGCCAAGGACGGCGAGAACUUACCCAUAAUGGUUCUUAUGCCAAUGAACGAGUCUGCUCUGAUGAGCAGUAUCAGCCAGGGUAUUGAGCCUGCGGUCCAGCUGGCCAUCAAGCACAUCCGGGAGUCCAGGAAAUAUACCUUCUCUCUCAUCACAAAAAUCUAUGACACCGAGUGUGACAACGCCAAGGGACUGCGGGCCUUUUUUGAUGCCAUAUGCUAUGGCCCUAAACACCUGAUGAUAUUUGGAGGAGUUUGCCCUUCUGUGACCUCUAUCAUCGCAGAGUCCUUGGAGGGAUGGAACCUGGUGCAGCUCUCAUUUGCGGCCACAACCCCUGUGCUGGCAGACAAGAAGAAAUACCCAAACUUCUUCCGCACAGUACCAUCAGACAAUGCAGUCAACCCAGCUGUGGUCAAGUUCCUCAACUUCUACAACUGGAGUCGAGUUGGGACCCUCACUCAGGACGUGCAGCGCUUCUCUGAGGUGAGGAACGACCUGACCAAUGAGCUGGAAAAGGCAGACAUUCAGAUCGCAGACACGGAAAGCUUCUCCAAUGACCCGUGUGUCAAUGUUAAAAAGCUCAAGGACAAUGAUGUUAGGAUUAUAAUUGGACAGUUUGAUGAGAACUUGGCAUCCAAAGUCUUCUGCUGUGCCUAUAACCUGAACAUGUAUGGAAGUAAGUACCAGUGGAUAAUUCCUGGAUGGUACCAAGGAAACUGGUGGGAGCAGGCCAACUCCACAAACUGCACCACGAAGAAGCUGCUGGCGGCCAUGGAGGGCUAUAUCAGUGUGGACUUUGAGCCACUCAGUGCACGGCAGAUCAAGGGGAUCUCAGGCCGGACCCCUAAAGAGUAUGAGCGUGAAUACAAUCGAGAACUAUUACAGAAAGGAGUUGAAUCCAGUAAAUUCCAUGGCUUUGCGUACGAUGGCAUCUGGGUCAUCGCCAAAACCCUGACCCGGGUCAUGGAGCUACUCAGAAUCAAACAGCGACAAAACUUCCAUAACUUCACAGUGGAUGACAGGGAAGUGGGGAAACUAGUUCUGGAUGUAAUGAACGAGACCAACUUUAAUGGAGUCACAGGGCAAGUCAUGUUUCGGAAUGGAGAAAGAAUGGGAACAAUCAAAUUCAACCAGUUUCAAGAGGGCCAAGAAGUAAAGGUGGGGGAAUACAACGCAAUUGCAGAUGUUCUGGAUCUCAUCAACAACUCCAUCAGAUUCCAAGGUGUGGAGCCCCCAAAAGAUCGGACCUUUGUGCGACUCCAGCGACGCCACAUUAACGUUCCCCUCUACAGCAUCUUGUCCACCAUGACCAUAUUAGGCAUGCUCAUGGCUGGGGCCUUCCUGUUCUUUAAUAUUAAAAACCGCAACCACAGACUAAUCAAGAUGUCUAGCCCCUACAUGAACAACUUGAUCAUCCUCGGAGGCAUGUUGUCCUAUGCCUCCAUCUUUCUCUUUGGCCUGGAUGGAGGAUUUGUUUCAGAUACUGAAUUUGAGACUCUUUGCACUGUUCGGACUUGGAUCCUCAUCGUUGGAUACACCACGGCUUUUGGUGCCAUGUUUGCAAAGACCUGGAGGGUGCAUGCCAUCUUUAAAAAUGUGAAAAUGAAGAAGAAGAUCAUAAAGGACCAGAAACUCCUGAUUAUUGUUGGUGGGAUGCUGCUAAUUGACUUGUGUAUCCUCAUUUGCUGGCAGAUUGUGGACCCACUUAAAAGGACUGUUGAAGAGUACAGUUUAGAGCCGGAUCCUCACGGCCGAGACAUCGCCAUCCGUCCUUUCUUGGAGCACUGUGAGAACACCCACAUGACCAUUUGGCUUGGCAUCGUUUAUGCCUACAAGGGACUGCUAAUGUUGUUCGGGUGCUUCCUGGCCUGGGAAACAAGGAACGUGAGCAUCCCUGCCCUUAAUGAUAGCAAAUACAUCGGGAUGAGUGUGUACAAUGUGGGCAUCAUGUGUAUUAUUGGAGCAGCUGUGUCUUUCCUCACACGGGACCAACCCAAUGUCCAGUUCUGCAUCGUGGCCUUGGUCAUCAUCUUCUGCAGCACCAUCACACUGUGUCUCGUCUUUGUCCCUAAGCUAAUUACCAUGAGAACAAAUCCAGACGCAGCCACUCAGAACCGGAGGUUAAAGUUCACCCAGAAUCAAAAGAAGGAAGACUCCAAGACCUCCACCUCUGUCACGAGUGUUAACCAGGCCAACACUUCGCGGCUAGACGGGCUGCAGACAGACAACCACCGACUGCGCAUGAGGAUUACAGAGUUGGAUAAAGAAUUGGAAGAAGUGACCAUGCAGCUGCAGGAUACACCUGAGAAAACUCCAUACAUCAAACAGAACCACUAUCCAGACGCAAACAACAUCCUCAGCAUACGCAACUUUACAGAUGGCAAAGAUGGCGAGAAGUCCAUCUUGAAAAACCACCUGGAGCAGAAACCCCAGGCACAGUGGGGCUCCAUGGACCCAUCCCGAAUAAACCGAGGUCCCCUGGAAGACAUCAACUCACCGGAACACAUACAGCGCAGACUUUCCUUACAACUGCCCAUCCUGCACCACGCUUACCUACCAUCCAUAGGAGGGGUGGAUGCCAGUUGUACAAGCCCAAACGGGAGCCCUGGUUCCAGCCCACGACACAGACACAUGCCCCCCUCGUACCGGGUCAUGGUCUCUGGCCUGUGA